GCUCUCUGUCUGCCACCAUCUGUUUUUCAAAUAACUUCACUCCACCAGGAAAAGGCCUCAUCUCUCCCUCUCCCCAUGGGGCCCGGUCCAGUUGUGAUGACCUAUGUUCUCCUCUUUCUGACUGAGCUUGGCACUGGCGAGAGACAAGUAACAGUUCAGAAAGGACCACUGUACCGCACCGAAGGUUAUCCGGUCAGCAUUGCAUGUAAUGUCACUGGCCACCAGGGACCCUCUCAGCAGACUUUCCAAUGGUCCAUUCACCAACCAGAUAAGUUAAGACAGAUAAUCAGUACUGGGGACCCUACCUUCACAUAUACCUUCUACAGCCUUCGAGUUCAGCAUGGUGACAUCUACAUUGAGAGGAUCCAAGGAAACUCAGUCUUGCUACAUAUUUCAAAGCUCCAAACCCAGGAUGCUGGUGAAUAUGAAUGCCAUACACCCAGCACUGAUGAGAAAUACUUAGGGAGCUACAGUGACAAGGCAAACCUAAUAGUGAUUCCAGACACUCUCUCUGUGAUCAUGAAGCCUCAGACUCUCAACAAAGAGGAAGGAGAGUCAUUGGUACUUACCUGUGAGGUCUCCACAGCCACAACUCAACACACCCAUCUCUCUGUAUCAUGGUACCGGCUUCAGGGAAAAGAAAACCAACCCACUGAGAUCAUUUCCCUGUCCAAAGAUUUUAUCCUGAUCCCUGGAUCCUCUUACACAGAGAGGUUUUCAGCAGGGGAUGUGAUACUAGACAAAAUCGGCAAUACAGUCUUCAGGUUGUCCAUAGGGAAACUGCAGCCUGUGGAUCAGGGCCAGCUGUUCUGUAAAGCUUAUGAAUGGAUUGAGGACCCUGACAAGACAUGGACGCUUAUCGCUUGGAAACAGACAGACAAUGCUACGUUGAUAGUCCGACCUGAAGUGAGAGAUUUUCAAGUUAACAUUUCUGUGGAAAGUUCCUUUGCCCUAGGGCAACCUUUGCGACUGAUCUGCUCAGUACCAUCAGAGAGUAGACUGAACCAAAGAUUGCAGGUGGUCUGGUACCUGAAUACUACCAUCAUUGGCAAUAUUGAUCCCAGUGGUGUCCUGGGCUUAAAAAAAGACUAUGAAGAAAGAGCCAACCUUGGACAGCUCCAGAUGUCAAAGAUCAGUCCCAAGACCUUCACCUUCAUCAUCUUCUCCAUGGGUCCUCAGGAUGAAGGUGUAUACAAGUGUGAGGUGGCACAGGUGGUGAGCAUUCACAAGGACUCUCAAGGGUCCCUUCAGAGAAAGCGGUUUGCAGACAUCAGUAUACGUCUCAGAAAACCAACAGCAAAAAAUAUGGAACUAUCUACGGAGAAUGGAAAGAGAUCGAUAUGGGAGGGAGAGGCCCUAAUUUUUCGCUGUAAGUUGAAUGGAGCAGAACAUCCUCUGUCUGUCAAAUGGUGGCAUAUUCCAGUCAACCUGCAGAAACCAGAGCUCCUAGGAAGCCUGGGAAAAGAUGGUACUGUGCAAGUGGGUCCUUCCUACAAAGACCGAAGCAACUACGGCGGUAUAAGGUUGGAGAAAGAGAAUGCAGCCACAUUCCGACUGGAAAUCUUCAACACCUUGACGACGGAUGGAGGGACAUAUGAAUGCAAAGUGACAGAGUUUCAGAACAAGGAUGGAGGUCUGAGCUGGACUCAGAAGACUUUAGUCACAGUAAACUCUCUGAAUUCAGGUUUAGGCGUGACUCUGCUUAGCCGCCAACCCAAGGUCAGAAUAAGCGACACCUUCACCUUGUCCUGCAUCAUCCAUUCUAAGUACUCAGCCCUGAUGGUGCCAAUAACAGUAACCUGGCAGUUUCAGCCCCGGGGAGCGUUAGAUUAUCAGCAACUAGUCACAGUCACUUGGAAUGGCACCAUUCAAUGGGGCCACUCCCAACAGCAGUUGAAAAAGAAAAUCAAGGUGUCACAGUCUUCUUCUGGUUCUCAACUGCUUAUCUAUGAUGCCACAGAAGAAGACACUGGAAUAUACCAGUGUAAAGUGGAAGCCUACCAGAGAGAGACGCAAUAUACCCAUGGCCCAGCCAGGAGAUCAGCAUUGGUCAUCUCUCACCCACUGGGGAUAAAUAUUACUUUUCCAGAGAGUCAACUGAUGGUGGAAUCAGUCAAUCAAAUUCAAGAGCUCUCCAUCAACACGGAAACUGAAAUCAAAUGUAAAAUCUUAUCACAAACUAAGGGAAAGACUCAACUUAGUGUCACUUGGUACUAUUACCCCCUCUCUCAAGAAGCAUCCUGGCUAGAGAUCCUGAGAACUGAUCAAGAUGACAUUGUCAAAUAUGGUGACUAUCUUCACACUCUAAAGCGGAAACAGAAAUUUCACAGUGAAAAGGUUUCAAAGGACCUGUUUCAGCUUCACAUUCUGAAUGCCGAUAACAGUGACCAGGGGACAUAUUAUUGCACUGUGGAGGAAUGGUUAUGGUCCAUAAAUGGCUCUUGGUCUAAGCUUGGGGAAAAGAAAUCUGGAAAGACAGAAUUAAGACUUAAGCCUAUAGGAAGUAAGCUAAAUGUCAUGAAAAUAAAUCACACGGAGAGUACUCUUGAGCACAGAGAUGUAACCAUCAACUGCAGUCUGGAGAGCCCUGGCUCCUCAACAUCCCUUUUCUCCGUAGUUUGGUUCUUUAAGCAAGAGCAUUCUGAAGUUACAAGGCUGGUGGAAAUGCACUAUGAUGGUGUCCUGAACUAUGAGAAGGAGGAACAUGGGGGAAAGCUGCAUUGCUACCGCUCAUCCACUGGAGAUUUUGUCUUGAAACUUCGAAGUGUGGAGAUGGUGAAUAGUGGAAUGUACUGGUGCAAGAUGGAGGAAUGGCAACUCUAUGCAAAUCCCAGCAAAUGGGUGAGCCAGACAGCUGAUGUGUCAGGACAUACGCUGCUCAGGGUGCUCCCUUCAGAGCCCACAUUUUCGUCCAGGAUCUGCUCAUCAUCACUUUUCUUAUACUUCCUGGUUAUCUAUCCCUUUAUUAUUUUGGUCCCCCUCCUCAUUUUCACACUCUACUUACACAAGAAGGGCAAGAAGGUGUCUCGACAGAGCUCUAAUGUGCUGAAAGGAAAGGCCCUCUGGGUGGAUUUGAAAGGGACUGAAGGAAACAUCCUGAACUUUAAUGGCUUUAAGAGUGAUGAGAAGCCAGAGGAGGAGGAAAAUGAAAUCAAUUGAAUGCUGAAAGGAAUCCCUGUCUGGAAAUACUCAUAUGGACUGAAUCACUCUAAUUGUACUCAUUUUUUUCCCCUUGUACAAUAGCCUCCACUGUCAAUUUCACAGGCCCUUGUGGCAGUAAGAAGGGACCCAACUAGCACAGCAGAAAGAAAAAGAUACAAAUGUGUUCUUUACUUGUCUCAUAGACCGAGUUCAGAUUCCCCUACUAAACCAUAAGCUUU